AUGACCUGGGGUUUUGUUACUUGUGGUCCAAACGAGGCAUUAGUGGUAUCUGGAUGUUGUUACUCAAAGCCGCUGUUGGUACCGGGGGGUCGAGCAUUUGUGUGGCCGGCCCUACAGCGUGUGCAGCGGAUAUCACUGAACACUAUGACACUCCAGGUUGAAUCACCAACUGUGUACACAAGCCAGGGUGUACCAAUAUCUGUUACAGGAAUAGCACAGGUUAAGAUUCAAGGUCAAAAUGCUGAAAUGUUACUCUCAGCCUGUGAACAAUUUCUUGGGAAAUCUGAACAAGAAAUUCAACAUAUAGCUCUUGUUACCCUUGAAGGUCAUCAAAGGGCUAUUAUGGGUUCAAUGACUGUCGAAGAAAUAUACAAGGACAGAAAAGUGUUUUCAAAAAAGGUCUUUGAAGUGGCCUCUAGUGAUCUAAUAAAUAUGGGAAUUACAGUUGUUUCAUACACACUGAAAGACAUCAGAGAUGAGGAGGGCUACCUUAAAGCGUUGGGUAUGGCCCGUACAGCUGAAGUAAAGCGAGAUGCACGUAUAGGAGAGGCAGAGGCUCAGGCUGAGGCGAAAAUCAAAGAAGCUAUGGCAGAAGAACAAAGGAUGGCGGCGAGAUUUCUUAACGACACCGAAAUAGCAAAGGCGCAGAGAGAUUUCGAACUAAAGAAAGCGGCUUAUGACGUUGAAGUACAAACAAAGAAGGCUGAAGCCGAAAUGGCCUACGAAUUGCAAGCCGCUAAGACGAAACAGCGCAUAAAAGAAGAACAGAUGCAGAUAGCUGUAGUGGAACGUACACAAGAGAUCAGUGUUCAGAAGUGGGAGGUCCAGCGACGCGAAAGAGAAUUGGAGGCAACCAUACGCAGACCGGCAGAAGCUGAGAAAUAUAGAUUGGAAAAACUGGCAGAAGCUCACCGAUUGAAGACAGUUUUGGAAGCUGAAGCCGAAGCUGAGGCUGUCAAAGUUCGUGGGGAGGCUGAAGCAUACGCUAUUAAAGCAAAGGCUGCAGCUGAUGCUGAGCAAAUGGCGAAAAAGGCGGAAGCAUGGAAGGAGUACGGCUCAGCUGCUAUGAUUGAUAUGAUGCUGGAGACAUUACCUAAGGUGGCAGCGGAAGUAGCAGCGCCGUUGUCCCAAGCUCGCAAGGUGACGAUGGUUUCUUGCGGCGGUGGUGAGGUCGGUGCGGCUAAACUGACCGGGGAAGUGCUCAGCAUCGUACAAUGUAUACCUGACCUUGUGAAGGGAGUAACCGGCGUUGACAUCGCUAAGAUCAAGACGGUGGCGGAAGUCUCGACGAUCCCAACGCCCACAGCACGAGGUGAUUCGGCGAGGAAAUUACGAUAA